AUGUUUGGCCUGCCUGGCACUGGAGCCGGCUUUUCACCCUGUACUCUUGUCCACACCGGUCACCGAAAACGCCAUACAAUUGCUUCUUCCUUCCGACGCAUGGUACUACACGGACAACUCGUUGCGCUAUGCACCUUAUGUCAAAUACCAGUCAGCCAGGCUUCUCGUGUAUCUUGGCCAACUCCAGUGCUUGGCUGGCCGUGUGGAUCUUUUCAAUCUAUCCGGUCUGUAAACCCUCCCUUAGCUACUACCCUAUGCAUAUAA